UAUCAAACAUCAAUUAAAUAACUUCCUCUUUUCUCUUCUCCUUCUCGUGACACUCAUAAACUUCAACGCCUCUGCUAAAUACGCGUCCACCUUCUUCUUCUAUUCACCAACUCCUUCUUCUAUAUUAUUUUGCUAUGCAUUUUCUUUUCUUUCUUUUAAAUUCAUAUUUCAUAUUUCUCUUCUGCUGGAACGACACUUUUUCGCUCUUCUUAUUUGCAAAGGUGGUGAUAUUGGUAAUCUCUUCAUGUUCUGAAAGACUUUGUUGAUAUUGAAUCAUAUCUAUAUAUGCUAUGAGUUGCUUUCUCUACUUCAAAGACAAAUCUAGGAAGUGGAAGCGUAGAUCAGCACCUGAAUUGAAAAAACAAGAGAAAUCCAAACUCAAUGCUUUUGAAAGAGUCACGAAGUCUUCAGGAUCUUCGUCCUCACCUCGUGGUAUACCGGAAUUGUAUGAGGAGAAAGCUCAUAAUUUGAGGGUUUUCUCCUACGACGAGCUCCGGCACGCCACCAAUGAUUUCAGUAGAGUUUUUAAGAUAGGAGAAGGUGGAUUUGGGAGUGUAUAUAAAGGUUCAAUCAAACCUGUCAUUGCUAAUGCUGAUCCUGUUUCAGUUGCCAUCAAAAGGCUUAACCAGAAUGGUUUGCAGGGACAUAAGCAAUGGUUAGCUGAAGUGCAGUUUCUUGGCGUUGUGGAUCACCAAAAUCUUGUCAAACUAAUAGGGUACUGUUCUGUGGAUGGAGAAAGAGGAAUUCAAAGACUGCUUGUAUAUGAAUAUAUGUCGAAUAAAAGCUUAGAAUCUCAUCUUUUCAAUAAAGCCUAUGAUCCUCUUCCUUGGAAAACAAGACUUGAGAUAGCCCUUGGAGCAGCUCAAGGGUUAGCAUAUCUGCAUGAAGAAUCAGAAGUUCAGGUGAUAUAUCGGGAUUUUAAAUGCUCAAAUAUACUACUGGAUGAAAAUUUUAGGCCAAGACUUUCAGAUUUUGGACUCGCUAGGGAGGGACCGGAAGCUGGACAUACUCAUGUUUCAACUGCUGUGAUGGGUACAAAUGGUUAUGCUGCUCCAGAUUAUAUUCAGACAGGCCAUCUCACUACCAAGAGCGACGUGUGGAGUUUCGGCGUGGUGCUUUACGAGUUACUUACAGGAAGGCGUUCAUUGGAGCGAAGCCGGCCCAAAACUGAGCAGAAACUUUUGGAAUGGGUGAAACAAUACCCUGCCGAGACCAAAAGGUUUGUCCUAAUAAUGGAUCCAAGACUUGAAGGCCAGUAUUCAAUUCACGGAGCGCGAAAACUUGCAAAGCUUGCAGAUCAUUGUCUGAGUAGAAGCGCAAAAGAACGACCGUUGAUGAGUCAAGUGGUAGGGAUACUGAAGCAGAUAAUCCAAACUUCUGAUGAUGAAAAAUCUGCAGAGGAGAGUACUGUAGUAUCAGAUGAUGAUCUAACCAAGACUGAAGAGAAGUCGACACAAUCGGCUCCCUCGGAAUUAUGGAGAAAGAGGAUGGACCAUCUUGCAAAACUUGGUGAGCAUGUGGAGAGUGCUAGUAGAAAAAGAUUUAUGAUCCUACAGAGAGGAAAAGUUCCUUAAAUAGCCUCACUCUCUCAAAUCUAUUCAGGGUAAAAUGGUCCACGAAAUUGGAGACAAGAGCAUGGUAAUUGAAUCUCUCAUACAUAGAAUUGUAAGCAGAAAUACAAUGUAAACAAGCUUAUUGUCAUUGAUGAGCACUUAUUUUCAAUCCAUGCAUGGAAGGCACAAACAGAGAAGUAAUUCACACAUCAGGUUAUGUAAUUUCAUAUCUUUUGAAAAAUAAUAUCUAAUCGAGAAAAUUUUGAGUGGAUUGCUUCAAUUAUUUGCAUUGAGAAUCCUUUCUCCUCCAAUUACAAUUGUAUUCUAUUAA